GUGUUUUUGCGCAUCUGCACGCACUUUCGGAUGGAGGAUGGCAGUCACUGCAUUGCCCAAAUCUUCAGUUCGACAAAAUAAACAGAAAAAAAAACAUUGAUAUAGGUCUAAAUUAAAAUGUUCAGAGAGAACUGGAUCUGAGGAUGCAAUUUUAUUCGGACUAGCUCAUAAAAAACGCGUUAUUUUAGGCUAUCAGACUGUCUGGAAAGUAGUAGAUCGCAGCAUCAUUAUCAGUCUGCAAGCUGCGAGCUCCGCAUCCCCAGGCAAACCAAGGCUGACCUGGUUUUCUGCACUGGCAUCUCGCUUCAUCAUUGUAUUAGAGCAUCAUCUCCCUCCUAUGAGUGAUGUCGGACUGUAGGCGACAGUGGAACCGGGAGGAUGAGCUCCCUGUGUAUCUGGCUAAACCCAUCUCGGCCGGACCCAACCAGCGUCACAAGUCUCACGGAAUGUUUAGCUCCGUCGAGGGCGCGUAUGAUAGCAAGACUAUCGAUUUUGACCAGUACGCCGUAGGGAGGAAGGGGAACAGGAGCUCACGGAGCAGUAGCAGGGAACGCGUCGUGGAUGGGGACUUUGAAGCUUAUGAGAUCAGCGGGGGGACCAUCAGCUCCCCGGGUGAGAGAGACGACGGGCGUCAGGGUGUCGAAAUCACGGAUCAGACUGAAAAGGAAUGUCGUUAUGAGCAAAACAACGGGAAGGUGGGCUUAAAUAUCAUGCGUGACCAUUUUCGGAGGAUUGUUGGGGAGAACCUGAUUGUGCCGGGGGGCGUGAAGGUGAUUGAGGCUAAUGGGUGUAAGGUGAUUCCUGGAGGUAUUGAUGUGAACACCUGCCUGCAUAAGCCUUACUUGGGCACUCCACCUGUGGAUGACUUCUACCAGGGCACCAAAGCUGCUCUGGCAGGAGGAACCACCAUGAUCAUUGACCAUGUGACUCCACAGCCUGGUGACAGUCUUUUGGAGGCCUUUGAGAAGUGGCAGGAAGCGGCUGAUAAAAAGUCCUGCUGUGAUUAUUCACUUCAUGUGGACAUCCCUCAUUGGCAUGAAGGUGUGAAGGAAGAGCUGGAACAGCUGGUACAGGAAAAAGGAAUGAACUCUUUCCAAGUAUACAUGGCUUACAAAGGGUUAUUUCAAAUGACUGACUCUCAGUUGUAUGAAGCAUUCUCAUUCCUUAAGGAGCUGGGGGCAGUGGUGCUAGUACACGCAGAGAAUGGAGACCUAAUAGCACAGGAACAAAGCAAAAUCUUGGGAAUGGGCAUCACUGGUCCGGAGGGCCACCCACUGAGCCGACCAGAGGAGCUGGAGGCGGAGGCUGUUUUCCGUGCUAUCACCCUUGGCAACCGAGUCAACUGCCCUGUCUACAUCACCAAAGUGAUGAGUAAAAGUGCAGCUGAUACUGUGACCAAUGCACGGAAGAAAGGCUCUGUUGUUUUUGGUGAGCCAAUCACAGCCAGCUUAGCAACAGAUGGAUCUCACUAUUGGAGCAAAAACUGGGCGAAAGCAGCAGCCUAUGUGACCUCUCCACCCCUCAGCCCUGACCCGACAACACCUGACCACCUUCACUCUCUACUGGCCUGUGGUGAUCUGCAGGUCGUGGGUAGUGGACAUUGUGCUUACAGCACCUCUCAAAAGGCCAUAGGGAAGGACAACUUUACCCUUAUACCCGAGGGAACCAAUGGAGUGGAGGAGAGAAUGGGUUUUGUUUGGGACAAAGCUGUGGCUAUGGGGAAGAUGGAUGAAAACCAGUUUGUUGCAGUUACAAGCACUAAUGCAGCCAAAAUCUUCAACCUGUACCCCCGUAAGGGUCGGAUAGCAGUGGGUUCAGAUGCUGACAUUGUUAUCUGGGACCCCGACAAGAUCAAGACCAUCACAACUAAAGCACAGCAGUCGGCUCUGGAGUACAAUAUUUUUGAGGGGAUGGAGUGUCGUGGUGGUCCAGUGUAUGUGGUCAGUCAGGGUAGGAUUGUGUUUGAGGAAGGGAAGCUUCAGGUUCAGCAGGGGACUGGACGUUUCAUCUCUCGCAAACCCUUCCCUGACAUUGCCUACCAGCGCAUUAAGUACCGCAACAAGGUGAUGAGCAAGCAGGGAGUGUCUCGUGGGAUGUAUGAUGGUCCAGUAUAUGAUAUCCCAGCAACACCCAAAUAUAUAACCCCAGCACCCUCUGCCAAGACCUCACCCACUACACACCAGCCUCCACCAAUCAGAAACUUGCAUCAGUCUAACUUCAGCCUAUCAGGGGCUCAAAUAGAUGACAACAUUCCUCGGCGCUCUGGCCACCGCAUUGUAGCACCCCCUGGUGGUCGUUCCAACAUCACCAGCCUUGGUUGAGCACUUCUGCAGCUCUCAUGUGACUUUGAGAGAGAGCGUGUGUGUGUGUGUGUGUGUGUGUGUGUGUGUGUGUGUGUGUGUGUGUGUGUGUGUGUGUGUGUGUGUGCGUGAGUAUUAUUACAGUUCUAUCUGUUGACAAAUAAUCAGUAUUCUCCUCUCACAGGGCCAUGCUAUAAAAGGUAUUUGUGCAACGCAUGCAUGUCAAAAUAUCACUGUACCUUACCCGUGCAGUAAAUGUCCCAUCUACAGUCAAUAUUACUGUGUGCAUUGUACACAAUAGUCUCUCUGCUAAGACAUACCUAGACAAAUACCAAUAGAUAGCUAGACAAUCACUAGAAAAUACUUUAGAUCUGUAACAAAUUUCAGAAAAAGUAGCAUUUAAACAAUGCUAAUAUAACUACUCACAUUUAUUAUUAAAGUUAUGAGUUAUGAAAACCCUCGUUCUGCUGAUGUGACCCCAGUGUUUGUGAAAAUGUCCUGCUUUAAAGCCCUGUGAAGCCGGUGACUAGACAUCCCACAAAAUGGUGCUCCUCCUACUGGACAACUUACAGAACUAAAGAUGACUAGAUAAAAGUGCUAGAAUGCAGGUCUGAGAUCAGUUUUGGCAUAGAUGUACCACUAAUAAGUACAUUCUAAAGCUGAGUGACGAUCUGCUCUUACAAGCACUUUUAACUGUCAUGUUCUCUGUGCUCUGAAACGUUUUUAAUUCUGUGUUAUCAGUCUAUUUGUGGUAAAGAAUGGUGAUGGAUUGUAUUAUCUCACUUUUAGAUGUUGGUAUUAUUGACAUCUGACCUUUUGAUUCUUACACUCUUUAUACUUUGAAGGAUCAUUUUUAUCAGUUAUCUUAUCACAUUUGAAUUGUUUUACAAGAAAAAUUUGUUAUAUCACUUAUUAUUUUCAUUUUACCUGUAGUGAAAAAGGCUGUGUGCCAUUUUAGCUCCUCCAAGCUCUUGGUUGUGUAGAUUUUGCUUAUUGCAAAAUCAGAUGUUGACUAGAGAUGGUAUUCACAUUACCUCAUAUCACAAAUGCAAAAUCAAAGAAUGCAACUAUAUGCAACCCGUGAGAUUGUUUUUAUCUGCAGCACUCUCAUCUGCAAUGCAAAUGAUCACAUCUGGAAGAGCAAGUCACACAUGCAUUCAAAAAGAGCUGAAAAUGCUUUCAUUUCAUCUGCCUGGUUUUUCUUCUGUUGUGAGAUUUCUACAGUAUUGCUCCACAUCCAAGUGGCUCUAGCCUAGUCACUGUGUACGCUCAAAGUCUUAAUACCGAACUUCCACUGAAUAAUUGGUGAUUGCUCUUGUUUUGGACCAAUACAAGGCCAGUGCCAAGCCUGCUGUAUUGUUUUCCAUACCCCAUUGUGAUUUUGUAUUGCCUAUGGUAUAUAUAGUGUUUAUGACCAAUGCCAUUUUAGUUUUUGUUGGCUGAUAUCCACUAAUGCACUCAUUGACUGUUGAUAAUGACAGUUUGCUAUGGUGAAAUAAAGUUCAUAUGUUGU